AUGUCCGAGACAAGACAGAGAAAAUAUCCCGAAAGGCAAGAAAAAAAUAUCACGAAAGAUAACAUUAAUAAUGUUGACAAACAAAAUGUCGAAACUUUUGCAACCUCUCAACUUCAAAAUAUCCUUUCCACUUCUGUUAAGGGAGCCUCUUAUUUAAUUCUGCUUCAACUCUUAAGCAGGCUUCUCACCUUCAUUUUGCAUCAAAUAGUUUUACGGUUUACGAACCCGAAAACAUUUGGUAUUGCAGCAGUGCAACUCGAGUUACUUUUGAACACAAUACUGUUUUUGUCGAGAGAAGGCUUCCGAUGUGCACUGCUCAGAGGUAGUGGCAUUGAAAAUGUGCAGAGACAGGAGAAACCACAAGAAACUAAAAAUGAAGCUUUAAAAUAUUCAAAGCAAUUUGACAAUUUACCAUUAGCAAAUUCACAAAAAGGAAAAGCUCAAAAGAUUAUAAAUCUGUCAUUUAUUCCUAUACCAUUCGGAAUACUUACAACAUCUCUUGCAUGCCUGUUUUGCAUUCACACCGCCUCCGAUGAGACAUUUAAUUCGCCUUAUUACGUGGAAUCAGUCAUACUUUAUGGGUUAGCUGCGUUCCUAGAAUUGACCAUUGAACCGUUGUUUAUUACCGCGACCAGUAAUUUAAUGUUCAUGUUGCGUGUUCGAAGCGAGGGUAUUGGAGUUAUUGUACGUUGUGUUAUCACGCUAGCGUUGACGAUUUUAGGGGCGCAGCAUGAUAAUAAUACGGAAAAUACGUAUGGUAUUUUGGCAUUUGCAUUUGCGCAGUUUGCUUAUGCUUUGAUUAUUUUUUGUGGGUAUAUUGGAUAUUUUUACUGGAAUUGGAAUUGGAGUGAGUUGUGGCCUCGACCGGUGAUUGUGAUUCAAAAUGGCAGACAACAAAAAGUCUGGUUUGAUCAUGAUCUUUCACGCCUUGCAUAUGUAUUUACGGGACAAUCAUUUCUUAAGCAUAUAUUGACAGAGGGUGAUAAAAUGCUAAUAACUUGGCUGAGCACACCGAAGGAUCAGGGUGUUUAUGCAUUUGUGGUAAAUUAUGGUUCUUUGGUUGUACGAAUUCUAUUCCAACCACUUGAAGAAACUGGCCGUACAUUAUUUUCCAAAUUACUAUCUAGCAUACAACCACUUAAAAAAGAUGAUGUUGAUGAAAAAGUAAUAGAAUCCGAAAAAGCUGAAAUUCAAAAGGAGCUUUUAUUGACAUCACUCAAAAUUCUCACGACUCUGAUAAAAUUACACAUUCUGUUGGGUCUCUUAUUCAUCGCAAUUGGCUCUAAUUACACCGGAACUCUCAUAGAUAUUCUAGUCGGGAAAAAAUGGUCAACUGGCACAUCUGCACCAAUGGCACUUUCAUUCUACUGUUUCUAUGUGCCAAUUAUGGGCAUAAACGGCAUAACUGAGGCCUUUGUAGCCGCUGUCGCAACAAAAGAAACAAUUUCUUUACUUAAUUAUUGGAUGAUUUUUUUCUCUAUAGGAUUUAUUGGGGCUGGAUUCGUGUUUAUGAGGAUUCUUUUGGCUGGUGCUGUUGGAUUGAUCGCGGCUAACGCGUUUAAUCUGUUCAUGCGUAUUUUAUGGAGUUGGCGCUUUAUUCGUAGCUAUUAUUUGAGUAACGUUAAUUUUGUUACUGCUGCUGAAGUUUCUCAUCUUAAGAAUGAAAUAGAUCAUUUGUUAUCGUUGUCUAAUAUGACACCUAGUUUUGUUGUUUGGUUGUCAUUUGCUGUUGCGUGGUUUGGAACUUUUUGGUCAAAUCAAGUUAUUGGCUGGACUACGCUGGAUGCAAAAAUAAAACACAUUGGAGUGGGAGUUAUUAUCAAGAACGACAAUUUCUCAGAGAUGUCGUAA